AUUCUUCGUACAGCACUUUAUCUUGAUACAAAUGGUGUUGUUGUACAGCAUUGUUUAGAUGUGAAUAUCGUUACUGAUGAUGUGAAACUAUUUGGAUUUUCAGUAAUCGAUCUUCAAGACAAUAAUAAUCAUGAGAUUGAUAAAAGAAUAAAUGAAAUAUUAAAUUAUUCCGAUCUAUUUGAUUUGGCAAGAGGGCAUGUUAUCCAAUGUCAUAUUCUUCGACAUUAUCGCUCUAAUUUGCUUUCAUUACAGAAUGAUGAUCUAUUAAUUGAUGAUGACUUUAUACUAUUUAAUGUUCAUCAUUCAGUAUUUGAUGGAGCCUCGUUGUCGAUUUUCCUUUCUGAUCUGUCACGUGCUUAUGAAACUGAUGAUUUAUUAUCUAUUGAUGAUGAUACAAUACAAUAUAUUGAUUAUUCUGUUUAUGAACGCCAAAUGGAUAUGACUUUAUCGCGUGACUUUUGGCAAUCACAACUUCAAGGUUAUAAUUUCGAAAAUUCAUUAGCGUUGUCAUUUGAUCGACAACGUUCAUCAGCUGAUCAACGAUCGGGUUCUGCCUCUGUGGCUGAAAUCUUUUUCAAUAAUGAAGUUGCAACAUCAUUCUUAAAUUAUGCUUCAUCACAUGGCGUAACAACAUUUCAAUUAGGAUUAGCUAUUUUUUAUGCGUUUUUAUUCAGACUAACUCAUGGCCAAAAUGAUCUAUGUAUUGCUUCUAUCAAUGCAAAUCGAUAUAGAAGUGAGUUACAGAAUGUGAUUGGAAUGUUUGUUUCAACAUUACCUUAUCGUAUUGAGUUGAAUUCUCAUUGGACAUUUGAUGAACUUGUAAAAUAUGUACAAGAAAAAUGCUUGGCAAUUCUUGGGCAUACUAAUUAUCCAUUACAACAUAUUCUUGCUGAUUUCGAUCUGAAUCAAUCAAAUGGUACAUUUUUUGAAACAGUAUUUGAUUUUAUUACUGUUUCUUCAGAUAUCGAUCACUUAUCUUUGAAUGGUAAAGCUUUAGACGUAGUGCCAUUAUCAGAGUCGUCAGAAGUAGCUAAAUUUGAUUCACCAGCAUCAUAUGCUCAAUCUCGAAUUUGUCUUGAUGAACGAAUUCAUUCUCAUUAUGAUCAACAAUUUAUAUCUAUUCAUAAUAAACCUUUCAUUUAUCGACUUCAACAUCAACAUAGUUUAUCAAUUGACCGACUUCAUCAAGCUAUUCAACAAAUCCUUAUCAAACAUUCAACACUUCACACUUCACUCAUCUUUCAUACAGAACAAAAUCAAUUUAUUCAACAAAUUAUUGAUUUUAACAGUAACAAUAAUAAAUUAUUCUUCUAUUUUGAAAGUACUUUUCAGACCGAUGAGCAACUAAAUAAGAUUAUCAAUGAUGAAAGACACAAUCCUCAGCAUUUCGAUCUUGUUCAAGGCCGCGUCUUUCGAUAUCAUAUUGUUUACUACAAACAAGUUUCUUUAAAUGGUUUUCUGUCUGACAAAGAUGUUCUUAUUUUCAAUUUUCAUCAUGCUUUAUUUGAUAAUUCAUCAAUGAAUGUGUUUUUCCAUGAUCUCAAUGAAGCUUACAGUACAGGUCAACUAGAAACUGAUGGCAAUAUUGAUUUGCGUUAUAUUGACUAUGCUUUGAUGGAACGACAAAUGCCAAUGACAACUGCCAGUAUGUUUUGGAUGGAUACUCUUCAUGAUUAUAAACUCGAUCAACAAUUAUCAUUACCAUAUGAUAGACAUAAUCUUGCGGAUGAACAUCGAACUGGUCGUGGCAUAUCUUUUUCUUUUGAUCUUGAUAAAAGACUUUCACAAGAGUUUCUUGUUUAUGCAUUAUCAAAUAAGAUUAAACUAGAACAUUUAUUAUUUGCAAGUUAUUAUGCAUUUUUAUUUAAAUUAACCAAUAGUGAAAGAGAUUUAUGUAUUGGAAUGAACAUAGAAAAUCGAUACAAAGAAGAAUUAAAGUCAAUUAUUGGAUUAUUUGAAAAUAUUAUUCCAAUUCGUUGUCAAGUAGAUUCUCAUUGGUCAUUUCAUCAAUUAAUUAAUAAUAUUUGUGAAAUAUUAACAAAUAAUUUAGAAUAUUCUUAUUUUCCUCUCCAACGUAUUCUUGCUCAACAUCCAAAUAUUUCAAAACCAACAUUUCUUCAUAUAUUAUUUGAAUUUCAAUCAAAUGAAAAUCAAGUCAUAAUUGAUAAUAAUCGACUCUAUGAUAUAAAUAAAUCAAUUAGAAAUUAUGAAGAUCAAAUAAUGAGUAUAUCGAAUUUUGCUCUUAUUUUUCAACAUGAUAUCAAUAAUAAUCAAAUUUCAUGUACAAUUAAUGCAUCACUUGAUUUAUUUGAAACAGAAACAAUUAAUAAGAUUGUACAACGAUUUCAUUUAAUGUUAUAUCAACUAUCUGAAUUAAUGAAUAAUAACGAAAUAAAUAAACCAAUUUAUGAAUUAUCAUUAACAUUAUCUGAUGAAAAAUUAAGAAUACAAACAAUAAACAAUACACAAACAUAUACUCAUUUUCCUUCAUGUAUGCAUCAUCAAUUUGUUUAUCAAGUAAUAAAACAUCCACAAAAAUUAGCUGUUGAACUUGAUGAACAAUUUUUAACAUAUGCUGAGCUUUUAACUUAUGUUCAACAAUUGGCUAUUCAUCUCUUAGAUCAAUACAAUAUUGUUCCAGGUGAUAUUAUUUCUCAAUGUGUCGAAAGAAGUUUAUCAAUGGUUAUUGGUAUAAUGGCAAUUGAGAUGAUUGGUUGUGUAUAUUUUCCAUUGUCACCUCGAGAUCCAGAAACUCGUUUACAUAUGCUGUUGCAUCAAACUCAAUCUCGUCUUGUUCUUAUGCAUUAUUUAACAAAAAUGAAAUUUAAUGAUCAUAUUACUUUGUUAGAUAUUAGUUCAAUCUUAAUGAAUAAUAAUUCAAUUAAUGAUAUUGAAAUUGAUCGAUUAUCAAAUGUCAAAGUAACACUUGAUAGUAUUGCUUAUAUUAUCUUUACAAGUGGUUCAACAGGAGUACCAAAAGGGGCUCGAUUUCGACAUCGCAACUUCAUUCAAUGCAUACAUUCAUUAGUUCACAUUGAUUCAUUUAACAAAAAUGAUACAGUAAUUCAAAUGGCACGGUGUUCAUUUGAUAAUCAUAUUCAAGAAAUUGUUGGCUCAUUGAUGAUAGGAGCUACAUUAAUUAUGCUUCAUCCAAAGGGGACUGUUGAAUUAGACUAUCUUGCUGCAAUCAUGAAAAACAAACAAAUAAGUUAUAUGCACAGUGUACCAAGUUUGCUUCGCAGCCUUUUCACUUUUCUUAAACAAACAAAUUCUUUGGUUUCUGUGACAUGCCUUAGAUCACUUUGUACUAUUGGUGAGCCUUGUACAAUGAAAUUAGCUAAGUCAAUUCUCACUAAUCCUACACAGAAGUUUGUCGUGUGGAAUUUAUAUGGUUUGACUGAGACGACCGUAGUUUGUACUUUUCAUCCAGUCGAUGUUACAGCAGAUGCCGAAUAUAUUCCAAUUGGACGCCCACUUCCAAAUUAUGGAUACAUGAUUGCGGAUCAAUUCUUACAAUCAGUUAUCAUCGAUCAGGAAGGUGAACUAUUUAUCGGAGGUGUAGGUGUCUUCGACGGAUAUCAUGGGCGCGAUGAUCUGUCAGCAAAAUUACUCAUUGAAAUCGAUGGUGAAGCAUUCUAUCGAACAGGUGAUCUUGUUCGAAUAGAUAACGCUGGCAUAAUUAAUUAUAUUGGUCGAAAAGAUUUUCAAAUAAAAUUGCAUGGGCAAAGAAUAGAAUUAGGAGAAAUUGAACGAUGUUUACUUGAUACAUCAAUUUCUGCUUGUGUUAUCAUAAAAUGGGGUGAUAAUCAUUUGAUUGCUUAUGUUCAAAAAACUUCUGAUACUAAUGAAAAAGAACUACGUGAAUAUUGCCAGUCUCAUUUACCACCUCAUAUGGUUCCAUCAAUCUUCAUUAUACUUGAAAAAUUACCAUUGAAUGUUAAUGGAAAAAUAGAUCGAAAAAGUCUUCCUCCACCUGAUUUAUCUUCAUUUGAUAUGUCAACACCAAAUGAAUCUAGUGUAUCAUAUAACGAAUUAGAAAAACGUCUACAUGAUAUUUGGUGUCAAGUUCUUCAAUGUGAUGGAAAACAAAUUCCAACAACUAAAAACUUUUUUAGUGUUGGUGGUCAUUCACUUCUAUUUAUUCAACUCUAUCAUGUUUACCAAACAAUAUUUGGUUUUGAUAGUCAUGCACUUUCUAUUGCUUCAUUUCUUCAACAACCAACUAUAGCUCAACAUUCACAAUUAUUAGAAUCAAUCAAAAUAAAUGAUAUAGAUUCAGAAAAAUGGUACACAUUACAUAUUAAUCAAGGAGUUGCAUCAUUUGUUCAAGAGCGCAUCUUUCUUGAUGAACAAGUUCGCUUUUCUACUAAUGCAGCAGUUUAUAAUGAAGUAAUUGCCAUGCGACUUACAAAAGGUCUAAUAUCGAUUGAGCGUCUCUCACGAGCUCUUCAAUUAGUUUUAAUGAAACAUCCAAUAUUACGAACAUCCCUUAUUUUUAAUGAAAUAGAUGGUACUUUAAAACAAUCUGUUACUGAUAAUCAUCAAACAUUCACAUUUCAUAUUGAACAAACAUUUGAAAAUGAAAAUGAACUUAAUAACAUUAUCUAUGAAACGAUUAUUAAUCCAAAUAUUUUUGAUUUAUCAAAUGGUGGUGUUUUUUAUUGUCAAAUACUUCGAGAGAAACAAUUCGGCAAUGAAAAUAAUGACAAUGAACAUAUAAGAAAUUCUGAUAUUCUUCUCAUGGGAUUUCAUCAUGCAGCAUUUGAUCGAUCAUCUUUUCAAAUCUUCUUCAAUGAUUUAUGUAAUAUUUAUAAUAACAAUAAUAAUAAUAAAACAUGUUCAGAAGAUAAACAUUUAUUACAAUACAUUGAUUAUACUGUUCAUGAACGUUUACUUGAUAUGAGUCCAUCACAAAUAUUUUGGCAUUCACAACUCGAAAAAUAUAAUAUGCAAUGUCCAUUAUCAUUGCCUGUUGAUCGACAACGUUCAUCUGUUGGUCAAAAAUCACCUUUUUCCAGUGUAUUUAAUAUAUGCUUUGACAACGAGAUGUCAACAUCAUUCAUCAAUUAUGCUUCCUCACAUCAAGUCACAUUCUUUCAACUGGGUUUAUCCAUAUUUUAUGCAUUUCUAUUCAAAUUAACUCAUGGCCAAAAUGAUUUAUGUGUUUCUUGUGUUAAUGCCAAUC